ACACACACACACACACACACAGCGAUUUCCUGUAUACAUAACGGCCCAUGCGUGUCACAAGUGUACCCACGCAAUAGAAUUGGGAGUUUGGCGCCCAGAAGAGCAACUGGUGUGGUUCCCAAGGACACUGCUACUCUGAGAAACCUUCUGCACUUGCGCAGUUGCACUGCAAGUACUUCUAGAGUACUUCUAGAUAUAGAGCAUUAACUGUACCACGUGUCAGGCAGCAGAGAGCAAAAAUACAUCUGGUUUAUCCUAGUAAACUAGCUUAUAAUUCUCAUUUCCAGACUUUGUGGGAUUUUCCUAGGCGGUGUGGACCUAACCAGAGCUUCUAUUAUACCUUAGUAAUGGGUCGACGCAAACUUAGAUUCUAUAAGUUGCCUAAAAAUUUCGAGCGAAUAUGCCCAAAAAAGUCAAAAAAGUCAGUCGGUAGGCCUAUGAAACAACCUAAGAAAAAACCCGAUACUACUGGUACGAAUACUGAUGUGUCUUCAGAAGAUGUGGAAAAUACUGUUUCCGGCUCCACCAGUUUCAGUAGUGAUGCCAGUACAUUGAGUACUAAUGACACCACCACUGAUUGUUUUGACAGUCAAUCAAAUUACGAUAACGUUGAUGGUUCUAAUAUACAACAACAAAUUCACACACUGCCACCAUCAUCGAGUACUAAUAUGCCUAGUGACACCACUGAAUGUUUUGACAGCCAUUCAAGUUACGAUAGUGAUGUUAUCACAGCACACAACGUAGAGGGUUCUGCUCCGAAAGACAUACAGCAAGAAAUUCACACACCGCCACCAUUAUUGAACCUUAAGCUACCAAGUAGCAAGUGGAUUAGGCAGGAUCAAAAUCUCUGCAAAGUGAGCAAUAUGCAUUCCAAAGAAUCGUUGGCUAUAACGUUGUGUUUAGUUGUUAACAAGGACAUGUCUUGGAAUCUGUUUGUUCAUGGAAAUGAAGUGAACACUGAUGAAUGUGACGUCCUAAAAGCAAUUCCAAACAUAUUGAGUGAUAUCCACCUGGAAGAACUUGUAUCCACACUUGACAAGUGCUCCGUAUGCCCCGGUAAUCCAGACUACAAAUUUGUUGACAUGGUUGAAUCCAAAAAAGGAAAGCUGUUUUCAAAAAGUGGUAUUGAUGUUGUAGCAAAGGUGGAUAUUUUUGAGCCAGUUAUUCUCGAUGGUACUACGUACCCAAAAACUGUACGAAACUCGAGGUGUCAAAUGAUAGUUAAUGUUCGCAAAUGUCAGUCAUGUGUAUCAUAUAGGGAUUCCUUAAGAGGAAUAUUUCAUCGCUGGUCCAAACGAAAAUUAAAGUCUCCGAUCCGCAAGUUGUCAAAAAGUAGAGUAAAUAUUCGCUACUUGAGUACACCUGAAAAGUUUGCAAGAUAUUCAGAUUUGAGAGGUCGGUACCAUGCACAGUCAAAAGGAGUUGAGCGCCUCAGAGAAAAAAUUGUACAAAUGACUAAAAAGAACCACGUUGUACUAGAUUCAAGUUUGAGCUCGGAUAUUGUUCAGUUAAUGGACGGAAUGACAAAAAGUGUCCAUCAAGAAUGCCCAGAAGGCUCUUUUAAACGAGUCUUUUGGGACCAACAAUUAAAGUCAGCUAGAGUAACGGAUUCAAGGCAAGUUCGAUGGCACCCUGCGGUUAUAAAAUGGUGUUUACAUCUCAAAUUCAUUUCAUCUGCUUGUUACCAUGCCCUACGUGGCUCUGGUCUGAUAUCUUUGCCCUCAGAAAGGACAUUGCAAGAUUAUACCAAUUGUAUACGUCCUGGGAUAGGAUUUGUGCCUGAAGUUGAUGCUCAGUUAAUAAAAGAAGCACGUGUUUCUGAGGAAAAAGACAAAUUUGUAGUUCUUGUAUGGGAUGAAAUGAAGAUAUGUCAAGAUUUAGUUUUUAAUAAGCAUAGCUGCGAGUUGAUGAGGUUUUUGAAUAUUGGUGAUGUGAAUGCUCAACUGGACAAAGCUAGUGAAGAUUUAAACUCAAAUAGUAGUCAUAAAGACAUUGCAUCACACGUGCUGCUUUUCAUGAUAAGAGGAAUGUUCUCAAACCUCGAGUUUCCCUAUGCCCACUUUGCUACAAGAGGAAUUACCGCAGAUGCACUGUUUCCAUUGGUUUGGGAAGCAGUUAGACAUUUGGAGUGCUGUGGAUUAAAUGUUAUAGCUUUCUGCUCUGAUGGUGCCUCUCCUAACAGAAAAUUUUAUAAGAUGCACGAUAGAGGGAAUGGUGUUGUGAACAAGACUACGAAUCCUUUUCAACCUGAGCGAGAGAUAUAUUUUAUAAGUGAUGUACCCCAUCUGAUAAAAACCACAAGGAAUUGUUGGUCCAAUUCUUUUGCGAACAAGAAUUCUAGAGCCCUUUGGGUUCUAAGCGCAUCAGUUGCCAAUGCCUUCGACUAUUAUGGUGAUAGCGAGAUGGGAGAAACAACAAACUUCGUCCGUUUAUUUGAUCGUCUUUUUGACUGUUUCAAUGUGCGAAGUUUCAAGGAGAGUGUUGUAAAAAGAAAACCAGAUUUAAGACCAUACCGAGACCCCUCCGACAAUAGACUGUCCUGGUUGAAAGAUACUUUUCUCAAGUAUCUGCAAGAUUGGCAGUACUCUGUCAAAUGCAGAAGUGGUUUUACUGGUCAGCAACGAGCGAAGAUGCUUCUCUCUAUCCAGACAAUAGAAGGGCUUAAAAUAACAGUGACAUCCUUUGUGGAAAUGGUGCCUGUUCUACUGUCCAUACCUGGAGUAAAAUGUGUUCUGUCUGAGAAACUAUGCCAAGACCCUCUCGAAUCGUUCUUUGGCAAACAGAGGGCUGCUGGGGGGAGGAAUGAAAAUCCGAAUGUGCAGCAGUUCUGUUCAAAUACGAUCUCACUUCGUGUAUAAGGAUCAGCAGCACUAGAACCUGUUCGAGGUAACUGUGGAAAGAGGCUAUGCACUACAGACACUGACUGCUUGAGUGAACCUUUACCUAAAAGGCCAAGAAACUAACAACCGAAUUUUAGCAUUUAAUUCAUUGUGUAUACACCCUCGUCACAAUAAAUAUUGUUGUAAUUAUAUAAUUAAUUGAUGUGGCACAAUACAAAUUCAACCAAAUGUUUUUUUCAGUUCUUUUCUAAGUCCUUUUGUCUUGCCAAUUUUCUUAGGCAAGUACUUUUCAAGCCAUGCCUUUGCAAUUGAAAAUCCACGAAUAGUGACCCAAAGACCAAUCAUUUCGCUCAGCAACAUAGUGGCUUUUAUUUCGUCCGUUAUAUCUACUGACAACAAUGUCCAAUAAAACUGUACAUCUUCAUCACCUGCAACAGCCCUUGUUAUCGUUUGUCUUCGGUCUUCUUCGCCUAAAGUUGAACCUCUGUUGAAUAUAAUUAUUAACUGUUUCCGUACCCUAAACUCUAUCACAAGAAACAGUGAGUAAGCUGUAUCAUUCACUUCAAACAGCCCUCCUCUAUCAACCAGCAUACACCACUUUCUAGUAUAUUCCAUUAAGGUACUUUCUUCGCCAUUAACUGCCAUUGAAGAUAAGCAUUCAAUGAAUUCUUCGCUCUCCUCACAAACACUUUGUU